CACUUUUGCAUGCCCUGGAACCUUUUAACAUGCCACCCCCCUCUCUGGGAUUCGUCAAAGGCAAGAGAAUGUCCCCUCUUUUUGUCUCUCUCUCUUUCUCCCUCUCCAUCUCUGAUUAGAUACACUGAUUCUUCAUUCAAUGGACGUCAUUUACAACAGACUCUGCCUUGAGUUGCUUCCUCGCUUCACGCUCGAUUUCCGACCAUUCUUCCCUUAUUAAGUAUUCGUGUAAUAUUAAUAGUCAUGAAUAUCUGCUAUUAGGAGUCCAAGGGCAGAAGCCGAUCAGUGUUAUUAUGAGCUCAAGUGAGGCAGCAGCUCAGUGAAAGAACGAGAACACAGAAGAAGGAUAUAAGAAACUUUAAAUAAACCCUGCAAAAGAAAACAUACUGCAUUUUGAAACCAAAUGAACGGCAGCAGGAAUUUAACCAGAUUCUGGUGGAUUAUUGUUCUUUCGUGGCGUAUAUGAAUGUUUGGCGUUGCGAUCUUUUAGUAGUAGUAUAGCGCUGGGCUUUUAUUUUGAAUUUCCAUUCUAACUCCUUUUUUAACGUCUUGAUUGUUCGAACCGCUUCACUCAUGUUAGUGCACAGUUUUUCGGCGAUGGAUCGUCACGACGGCACAAGCAAUGGGACAGGCAGGUUACCUCAAUUGGGGACCGUGGGUCAGUCUCCUUACCCUAGCGCCCCUCCGCUCUCUCACACUCCAAAUUCCGAUUUCCAGCCUCCUUACUUCCCUCCACCUUACCAGCCCAUUUACCCCCAGUCCCAGGACCCUUACUCUCAUGUCAACGACCAUUACUCCCUGAAUUCCCUCCACGCACAGCCGCAGCCCCAACAUCCAGGCUGGCCAGGGCAAAGACAGAGCCAAGAAUCCAGUUUGCUGCAUCAGCAUCGCGGGCUACCCCAUCAACUGUGCAGGGAUUACCGACGCGCUGAAGUCCUUCUGCCCGGAGGUCAUGGACUCGAUUCUGGACUAGACUCUAUCUCUAUCCACGGAAUACCUCAUUCUCUGGAAGAUGUACAGCAUGUUGAAGAUCAAGGCAUUAACAUCCCAGACCAAACUGUAAUUAAGAAAGGCCCUGUGUCUCUGUCCAAGAACAACAGUAGUGCGGUGUCCGCUGUCCCAAUCAACAAGGACGGUCUCUUUGGCGGCGUUGUAAACCCUAAUGAAGUGUUCUGUUCAGUUCCGGGUCGCCUGUCUCUUCUCAGUUCAACAUCAAAGUACAAGGUCACGGUUGCGGAAGUGCAACGACGUCUCUCACCGCCUGAGUGCCUCAACGCCUCUCUGUUGGGAGGAGUGCUAAGGAGAGCAAAAUCUAAAAAUGGAGGGAGGUCUUUAAGAGAAAAAUUGGACAAAAUUGGAUUAAACCUGCCAGCAGGUAGACGUAAGGCAGCAAAUGUUACACUCCUGACGUCACUAGUAGAAGGAGAAGCGGUGCAUCUUGCGAGGGAUUUUGGUUAUGUAUGUGAGACCGAAUUCCCGUCCAAGGCAGUAGCUGAAUAUGUAAAUCGUCAACAUUCCGACCCAAAUGAACAAGUCCAAAGAAAAAACAUGCUGCUGGCAACAAAACAAAUCUGCAAAGAAUUCACAGACCUACUGUCUCAAGACCGAUCUCCCUUAGGGAACUCUAGGCCGCAACCAAUUCUUGAGCCAGGGAUCCAGAGUUGUUUGACCCACUUCAGUCUCAUUUCUCACGGCUUUGGGACCCCAGCAAUGUGCGCUGCCCUCACCGCUCUGCAGAACUAUCUUACUGAGGCGAUCAAAGCCAUGGACAAAAUGUAUCUCAACAACAACCCCAACAGCCAUUCUGACAGCACCAAAAGCGGAGAAAAAGAUGAAAAACACAGAAAGUGAUUCAUUUUUAUUAAAUAUAAAUAUUAUAUAUAAAUAUUAUUGAUCCAGACUACAAUUUGCCCGUUCCUGUUCUCACGAUUUUACAAGACUGUUUUACCCCACCCAGCUUUGGAGCUCCAGGGAAUGAAGCAAAAAAGAGAGAAAUAAUGAAACAAAUAAAAAGAAUGAAUGAAUGAAUGAAAAUGAAUGGAUGAUGGAGCCAUUUCUGAAAGUCGUCGCACUCCACUUCGUGAACUUUUUCAGAUUUUUUUUUUUUUUUUUUUUUUUUUUUUUUUUUUUUUUCCAUUGAUAUGCAUCGGACUGAAAUACAGCAACCCUUACAUAACUCAAUUUAAGAUUGUAGCCAUAUAAACGGAAGGUAAAGAGGAUGAAUUUUUAUCAGUAUUGUGAAUAAACUUGAAAACAAAUCACAGAGCUCCAUGUCAUGACUUCAGUUGUAGACUUUCCCUAGUAAGGUAAAGCGAUCAACUUAAUCUGCUAUUUCUACACGGUUCACGGUUAUAUAAGGGAAUCAGUGUUCAAGUAUGUAUAUAUUUAUUUAUGUGUAAUUUAAUGGGAAUUGUAAAUAUGGUCCGUCUGUUUAAUCUUUUUUUUUUUUUUUUUUUUUUUAAUUUAUCUGGUGAUCUUGUUUGCCUCCUGUUAGUGGGUUUUAAAUAUUCAGUUAGUUCUUCAUGUGGUGUUAUGGUACUUAGAAAAAAAAUGGUAUGAGGGUCUUUCUCUGGAAUAUAUCAAUUAAGCUCUCUUGUAGCAUGUGGAGGCGACAUUGAAGCAAGUAAACAAAUUACAUUGAAAGAGUUUUCUAUCUCUAUAUAUUAUUAUUAUUAUUAUUAUUAUUAUUAUUAUUAUUAUUAUUAUUACAUUAAGUUUAUAUUUAAAAGAGCAAAAACUGGACCCUGACAAGAAAGUGUUUUGUGGUUUCUAUACAAACAUUUGUGUGUUGUGCCAAGCAGAAUAACGUGCCCCUACUGUCCUCCCCUUGAAGCACCAUCAAAGCAAUAAAUUGAUAUUGUCUUUAGAAAAAGAAAAAAAAAAAGUUUAGUAUUUUUUUUUUCUUGUUUAAAACUUCAAAACGUUGGGGACCACCUGAUAUCUUCUAUGUCCAAUGUCAAAAUUGGAAGCAGUUUUAGCUGUAUUGUAUAGAGCUGUGCUGGCAAUAGUUGCCAUGCCUGUCAAUGUAUCAUAGCCCUUUGUUGCCCAGAUAAAUAAAUAUUUGAUACGCUUUA